AUGAGCGCGACAACUGGUCCUCCGACUUCAGGCACCCUGUCAAAUGCGACUGUCAUAAGACGAACAUUGCCGUUUGGGAACGGGAACGGAAACAACACCCCUCUUUCCAGCAUGGCCGCCGAGAGCAGUGGUGAUGUCAAGCUACCAAACGACGACUCCGAUGUGUCCGACAACGAUGAUCCUGAUGACCUCAAUACUCGAACCAAGAAGAAGUACACAAAAGACCGGAAGCUCGGAGAGGGAGCCUACGCCGUUGUCAAUCUCGGCCACCGCCGUGCUACCGCUACUGAGCCCGCCGUUCCAGUCGCCAUCAAAAAGAUAAAAGUAAACACCGAGUUUCGCGAUGGGAUUACUAUGGACGCCAUCCGUGAAGUCAAAUAUUUACGUGAACUUCACCACAUCAACAUCAUCGCUCUCCUCGAUGUUUUCUCAUCCAAAAACCAGAACCUUUGUUUGGUCCUCGAGUUCCUCGACAGCGACUUGGAAAUGAUCAUCAGGGAUACUUCACAGACAUUGUCGAUGGGUGAUAUCAAAAGCUGGAUGUUAAUGAGCUUACGUGGGUUAUGGUGGUGUCACAAGUCAUUCGUUAUUCAUCGUGAUAUCAAACCCAACAAUUUGCUUCUCGCUGCCAAUGGAGUUCUUAAACUUGCAGAUUUUGGUCUCGCCCGUUCUUUUGCCGACCCUAAGCGUCAUAUGACCCACCAAGUCAUCACCCGCUGGUACCGUCCUCCUGAACUCUUCUACGGCGCCAAAUUCUACUCUUCUUCGGUCGACAUCUUCUCCCUCGGCCUGGUCUUUUGCGAACUCAUGCUACGAGUUCCGUUUUUAGCAGGGAAUACGGAUUUGCACCAAUUGGAAUUAAUUUGCCAAUGGCUGGGCACACCGACUGAAGAGAACUGGCCCGGCGUCACCACUUUACCCGGUUAUCAUGAAGCUAGUGGAACUCUGGUCAAGGAACGAGGAACGGACUUCUUCAUGAACACCUUCAUUGCAGCCGGUGAAUCUGGUGUGGAUCUUCUCAUGAAAAUGCUUCGACUGGACCCUCGAAAACGGUGUUCUGCUAGAGAAGCCUUGGACUCGAAGUGGUUUUCCCAAGAACCUUACCCGACUCCACCCGCCAAUCUUCCAAAGAAGGGUGGUGGUAAGGGAAUCGAGAAGGUCGGGAGUGACCUCAAGAGGAAAGCUGGAGAACUAUUUAACACUCCGGAUGAACGUGGGAAGAAGAGACCUCAAGCCAUCCAACCGCCACCCAUCCCACUACCCAUCCCUCUACCCAUCCAAAAAUUGCCUAUAAUACCACUUACUCUUCCUCCAUCCAUUCAAAAAUCGCCUCCCCCGCCGCCCUUCCUGCCAUUUAUGCUAUUGCCUGCCCUACUACCCAUUCGACCACCCACCUUCCACCAACAGCUAAAACACAUCACCCAAGAACAAAAGCAUACCGUUCAACAAAAGGAUUAUACUUCAUCGAGCUCCCAAUCCUCAGAUUACGACGAAGAUACAAUCGACCGGGGCUGGUGGAUAGGAGAAAAGCCUGUCAUUAGUCGUAAGAAGAAACGAGCUCUUGCAGUUGCCCAGAUUCCUGACGGAAAAGAAAAUGAUGCUACUGCCGGGAUGGAAGAUUGCGAGAUGCGAGAUAACGAUAACGAAGAAACAGAGGUUGGUGAGGAUGGAGGUGAGGAUGAGGAUGAAGAAAUGGGGUAUACCGACGACGAUACGAAGUAUGAGGAUAAUGAGGAAAUGGAGUCUAAGGCAGGUAAAUUCGGCAGCUCUUCCUGCGCUGGACCGAAGGACAUAGAUGAAACGCAAGAUGAUAGGAAAACAAACCCUGACGAAGGCAACGAUGAUGAUGAUAAUGAUGAUGAUGAUGAUGAAGACGAUGAAGCCAAGGAAAUUCGGGGAUUACUCAACGAUUUAUUCACAAAUCGGACCGGGGAACGGAUGCCCAACCCGUUACGAUCCGAGCGGGUUCGAAAUCUCAUCAGGGGCCAUCCCUAUGAAAAACAUUUCAAGGGGCUGAUUCGCUUAUAUUACUCCAACCCCGAUUCUAAUCCUAAUUAUAUUCGGUAG